AAAGACAUUGGAUUGUAAGCCUCGAGUGAAUAGUCGAUUGUACUCCGGGGCAUGCCAUGCAAGUCAAGUGCAACAGAAUCGAGAGCGAGAGUCGAAACAUGACACAAACCACACACAAUGUCUGGGCUACGGAACAUAGCAAAAGGAGGGUGGCAUCCAGGCGGCGCCAAAGACAACGGCAGUAGCAGCAGCAGCGGUGGAGGAGGAAGCGGAUGGCGCUCCAAGAUCAACGACAAGAUUCCAGGCCGCAUCAACGACAGGAUGCCCGGAAGCACGAGCAAGUCGGAGAGAGAGCGCAUCGAGGCGCGUGAGAACCACGUCUCGCAGCCCUUGACCAGCCUGAGAGACCCUGCCUCGUUUGCUCCUCCGCCCAAACACAUGCACUACCAUGGCCAAGCAGCAGCUUCCAGUCCCGGCGCCCUCACCACCACCACAUCUAGCUACUCCAGUAGCCCUGCAAACACUGCCGCUACACGUGGACUGGGCGCGCCGCUACCGAAAGAGAUGGUCCAGCAGCAACAAUUCUCUCAACAACAGGCCCAGCAAGAAGAAGAAGAUGCCUCCCGUCCACCACCAGGUCCAUACCGAGUCGACACGACCGGUCUUUCUACCGCAAAUUUGCCCAAACCCCCCGUUCGACGACUGGACACGGCCUCUCCGCAGUCCGUCUCUUCACAACCUCGCCCACCUCCACGACAGAUAGCUCCCUCUCCCGCUGCGCGCUCUCCACUCCCUCCACCUCGUUCGACCCCUACACCCCCGGUUGCUCCAUCUAGGCAACAACCCGCACUACCCCCUCGACUGCCUCCUCGCCAAAACUCACACCCCGAUCUAAACUCUCCUCCGCCCCCACCCGUCUACUCCGAAGCCGUGCAAGCACCUGUCCAUGUCCCUGCCCCAGAUCAAGGCGCUAUGAACAGACUAGCUCGUGCAGGUGUGAGUGUGCCGGGUUUCGACAUUGGUGCCCGAUCCUCCUCGCCGGCCGCUGCGCACUCUUCACCAGCCGCCAGACCACCUCAACCUUCUCAGAUGAACGAACUGCAAUCACGUUUCUCCAGGAUGACCUCCUCAAAUUCCUCACAAUCCCAACCCUCGCAACCUUCCAACAGCGCACAGUCCCGCUUUGGUAAUAUGGUCUCACAACAAGCGAGCAACCCACAAGUUCAGUCACGCUUCGCAAGCCUGGCCUCUUCACCAACCGUCAGGAACCACGCUGCAAACAUCGCCUCGUCACCCGCUGUUCAGAAGCAAGCGGUCCAACACGCUGGUACCUUCGCCACUGCCUCUGGAGCCUCUCCACAACAAGCACAGGCUCUACAAUCAGGCUUCUCACGAGCAGCUGCUUCUCCUACCGCUAUGAAUAUGGCCACUCGCCAUGCGGGUACUGUUGCCUCUGCUGCAUCGUCAUUUGGUUCCAAUGCUGCUGCUGGAAAGAAGCCACCGCCUCCACCGCCGAAGAAAAAGGAACUGCAGGCCGAUGCGCCGCCUGUACCGCUUUCGAGCAAACCCAGAUUUUAGUGAGCACGAGCAUCGUCAGCACAGUACAUUAGUCUCGCUUGAACCCGUACAUAAUCUGUUGAAGUCUACAACACGAGGCUCUUUUAUCCUUAC